GGCCAGCGAUAAGCAAUUAAUGGAGGUAGAGGCUUGCUACAACUACGGCUUCCUCCCUGCAGACAGAGGCAGGCACCAACCACCACCUCCACCACAUGCCACCCUUCCUCGCGCUGCAGAGGAUGCAGGUGAGCUGUGGGAGUACUUCCCUUGCCCCUUUUGCUACAUCGAGGUGGAGGUGCCCUUCAUCUGCAACCACCUUCAGGAGGAACAUUGCUUUGACACCAGGAAUGCUGUUUGCCCCAUCUGCGCCAACAAUCUAGAGAAAGACGUGGCUGCACAUUUCAGACUGCAGCACACGCAUCUUCUCAAGGUAACUAACUAUGUUCAUCCCCAGCCACCAGCUCAGCGUCUGGGAAACUAAUAACUGAUCAUGGUUCAUGACAGAGGAGG